UUCGCCCUCGUCCUCAGCGCGGAACCUCCCAGCCGCUCUUGUCUCACGUGAUCUAUUUCUUCGCCGUCCAAAAACACCACACAAGAUGUUCGCUCGCCAGCUUACUCAGACCGCACGGAUCGCCCGCCCAAUUGCUGUGAGGCAGGCCCGGUUUUACAGUGCAAAGCCCGGAGCCCGACCCACGGGCCUCCGCGGUCUCUGGGCCCAAGUCCCAGUAGAAGCAUACCCGCUCGUUGGUAUCGUGUCCUUCGUCUGCUGCGUCGGCGUCUAUGCUGGGUUUCAUGCCAUGACCAAGGAGAAGGAGAACUUCUUCGAGCACAAGAGCACUGGGAACACAUCCGUCAAGUACUGAGCGCUGGUCAAAAUGGCAACGCUCCGGUUUCGGAAGUCAUUCGGUGUAGAAGGCCUAGGGCUGUAAAAUCUAUGUACGACUAAAUUGUCUCCUUUGUCAAAUUGUCCAAUAGCAUUUUUAUCUCAAUCUCGUCACCCGU